CAACAAGCGAUUGCUUUUUUAUCCCCCAUUUCCUGCAGCCUCUUGCUUUUCUUAUUCCUUUUUGAAUUAGGGUUCCAUCCCCUCUUCCCUUCGCCCGUUCGUCAUCUUCCUUCGCUCGGUCGCAGGAGCAGCUCCGAACGCCACCGAUCCGCCAUUACUAGCCGUUGCCCACCCUUUCCCGCCAAUUUUGGCCCUCCCCGGCCGUCGAUCGACCCAGAUUUCAAAUACUAGCCGUUGGAUCCCCCUCCCCCGCGCCCGCCCCUCGUGGUCUCUUUUUCUUGAGCGGAAAACCGGACGGGGAGGAAUGUCGGCCGCGGAGGAGGAGAAGAAGGCGGAGGGGGAAGCGGAGGUGAAAGGGGGAGAGCUGCUCUUCUGCGGGGGCACGUGCUGGGACACUCUUGGUCGGAAGAAGGGCAUCGUGGAUGGCAACUUGGUCUCCCCGACUCGGCUCCGUCCUCUCGUCGGCGUUAGUAUCCGUUUCGUCGCCUCUGGCUGCACGUCUUGUCACUGCGUGGCCUUAGAUGUCGAGGGAAGGUGCUACACAUGGGGUCGAAAUGAGAAAGGGCAGCUAGGUCAUGGAGAUACCAUUCAGCGCGAUCGACCCACAAUCGUGUCUGAACUUAAAAAGUACAAUAUUGUUAAAGCCAGUUCAGGAAGGAGCCAUACUGUUGUGGUUACUGAUGAUGGAAAUUCACUUGCUUUCGGCUGGAAUAAACAUGGACAGCUGGGAUCUGGUUCUGUGCGAAAUGAAAUUGAAGCAUCCCCUGUUCGUUGUCUUGUGACUGAGGUUAAAACUACUGCUUGUGGGGCGGAUUUCACUGUUUGGUUAUCUUCUGUAGAAGGAGCUUCUAUAUUAACUGCAGGCCUUCCCCAAUAUGGUCAACUUGGGCAUGGGACCGACAAUGAGUAUAAUACUAAAGAUAGCUCUGUGAGAUUGGCUUAUGAAGCCCAACCACGCCCAAAGGCAAUUGUAACUCUGGCUGGGGAAAAGAUUGUCAAAGUUGCUUGUGGAACAAACCACACAGUGGCUGUAGACUCAAAUGGCUGUGUUUACACGUGGGGCUUUGGUGGUUAUGGCAGGCUUGGGCACAGAGAGCAGAAGGAUGAGUGGCUCCCUCGUCGUGUUGAUAUCUUCCAGAAGCAUAAUGUCUUGCCACCUGAUGCGAUAAUUUCUGCAGGUUCUGUUAAUUCAGCUUGUACUGCAGGUGGAGGACAGCUAUAUAUGUGGGGAAAAAUUAAGAAUACUGGUGAUGAUUGGAUGUAUCCUAAACCACUUAUGGAUUUGAGUGGUUGGAAUAUACGCUGCAUGGAUUCUGGUAAUAUGCAUUACUUUGUUGGUGCUGAUACAUCCUGCAUAAGUUGGGGCCAUGCUCAAAAUGGAGAGCUUGGAUACGGCCCCAAUGGACAGAAAUCUUCUGCUAUUCCCAAGAAGGUAGAUAUACUGGAGGGAAUGCAUGUAAUUGGCGUUGCAUGUGGUAUGGGCCAUUCAAUGGUUAUAGUUGAUCGAGCAAACAUUGGCGAUCGUCUAGAUGAGCUGGACAUAUAUGAUGGCAAAGCUGCUGCUGAAGAAGGAAGCGAGGAACCCAAGAAUAAAACACCACUAGCCAAGCAGACCAGCAGUAAAAAAGCUGCUAAAGCGACUGGUAAGAGGAACAAGUCAAAAGAAGACUCAGCCUCUGAAGAUGAAGCUGAGGGUGAUGAUAAUUCUGAUAAUAGUGAUCAGGAGAAUGGGCAGAGCAAUCCAAAACGUCGACGCGGCGGGAAGGCUUCAAGUAGGGGCCGUGGUGGUGCUAAAACUGGGGGAAAAAGUGCUGGGAGGAGUCAAGCGAAACCAGGAAAGCGGGGCAGGCCUAGGAAAUUGUAAGCCGUGCACUGCAUUUUGUCAAAGUGACUGUUUUUGUCUCAUUCACGAGAGGUGUGCUAUUCUUUUCUCGCUUUGGCCAUGUACUUGCAUUCUUGUUUAUUUAUCCAUCGGCAAUCUGGUAUUUGCUUACUGGAGAGAAUCGAGUCCCAGAUCAUCGAUUAUUCCUUGCAAGUGUCGAGAGUGUGAAAGACCUGUACUGAUUUUGAGCAAUUAAUCGUACCACAAUACUUUCUUUAAGGAAAUUUUACACUUUUGCA